CCCUCUCUUACUCUUCCUCGACUUGUUUGUCUUUGAUAUUUAAAUAAUACAUUCGGAGAAUCAGAUCCAAGGUGGUUAAUCUGUCAAUCUCAUCCAUAUAUAAAUACCUCGAUCAGUCAAUCUAUCAAUCAAUCAAAUCAGACGGAGGGAAUCGUCAUCAAAAAGAAAGUUUAAAGAAAAAAUAUGUCUUCUUCGUCUGCUUUUACACCGGACCACCACCACCUCUCUCCUUCGGAGCAGCUAUGUUACGUCCAUUGCAACUUUUGUGAUACUGUCCUCGCGGUAAGUGUUCCUUGCACGAUUUUGUUCAAGACUGUGACAGUGCGAUGCGGCCAUUGCACCAACCUUCUGUCCGUGAACAUGCGUGGACUGCUUCUUCCCAAUUCAAAUCAGCUUCAUUUCGGACAGUCAUUCUUCUCUCCUCAAAAUCUUCUGGAGGAGAUUCGGAACUCGCCAUCCAACAUGUUGAUUAAUCAGCCCAAUCCGAACGAGUCUCUGAAUCCAGUUCGAGGAAUAGAUGAGCUUCCAAAGCCUCCAGUUGCUAACAGACCCCCAGAGAAGCGACAGAGAGUGCCAUCUGCUUACAACCGGUUUAUCAAGGACGAGAUCCAACGUAUCAAAGCUGGAAACCCGGAUAUAAGCCAUAGGGAAGCCUUCAGCGCUGCUGCAAAGAAUUGGGCCCACUUCCCACACAUUCACUUUGGACUUAUGCCUGAUCAACCCGUGAAGAAACUUAACAUGUGCCAACAGGAAGGAGAGGAUGUUCUGAUGAAAGAUGGGUUUCUUGCUCCUGCCAAUGUGGGUGUAUCUCCCUAUUGAGAAAGUUAUCUUUAGUUUCUGCAAUUAGUGUUUAAUGUUAUGCUUUCUUUCAAGGAGACUGUUUUUAUAGUUUAUUAGUUUCAAAAAGACAAAAACGUGGUGGGAGAGGAUUUUGAUGUCGUUGGUUGCAUGCUAAUGCAACUACUAAUCUUUGUGGAACUCAUCUCACAAUGAACUUUGCAUAUAUUAAUAUUUCUCACGGAUUAUGCUAUUAAA